AUGACAUCUGCUUCUAAUGUAGAGUUAUUAAACAUCAUGUUUAAGGACAUUGCAGCCAUUGGAGAAUUAGCAUGGACCCCCACUUCAAAUAUGCUACCUGAUGAUAUUGAGAGACGUAAGGAGGGGUUGAGUGAAAUGUCUACUGACUCAUCUUCUCCAGAUAAUGAUGAUGAUUCUAAUGAAGUUGAGACUCCUAACCCUAAACAGCCACUUAACCCUCUACAACUAGCACAAGACAAAGGAAAGAAUCUAGCUUUGCCAUCAUCCACACAAGGCAAAGGGAAGAAAGGUGGAGCAACAAUAAAGGUGACACAACAACUUAGUUGUAUGUGUCAUAUUGUGGAGUCAAGGAACUCAGUCUUUUUAGUUGAGCUGGGUAGUUCUAUUUGUAAUGUCAUGGAACACGUAUACACCUUGGAUGGCAUUGAGAAGGGAUCUGAACUCUUUUUCAUGGAAGACCUGUCCUUGUAA